AAUGACUUUUUAUAAGUGACAUUUUUUUAAAUUGUGUGUUAAGUGUAGUGACUCGAAUUUUGAAUUAAUAACUACCAUUCUGGUUAGAUAUUUUGGUAUAUUUACUGAGUUCUUGUUUUUAUUUUUUUUUAGUGUGAAAUGUCUGAUUUGACCGCCGGUAUUAUUGUAAUAGGUGACGAAGUAUUGAAAGGUCAGGUUAUGGACACAAAUUCUCAUGUCCUGUGUAAACGACUUCGUGCCUGUGGAAUAUCUGUGCGGAAGGUAGUUGUAGUUGCUGAUGAUACUAGUGAAAUAGCAGAAGAGGUCGUUAAGUUUUCUAGACUGUAUAGUUUUGUUUUCACUAGUGGUGGAAUCGGACCUACACAUGAUGAUGUCACUUACGAAGGUUUAGCAAAAGCUUUCAACGAACCAUUGGUUUUUAACAAAGAAAUGGCUAGAAUAGUACUUGAAUUUUAUCCGGGAAGCGAACGGAGUGUUAAGGAAAAUCCCGCAUUAAAGAUUGCUCAGGUUCCAAAAUCUAGUGAACUCAUUUAUUUAAACGCGAAUCGAUCUACGAAAAUUUCUGAUAAUUUUAUUAGUAUAAUGCCUGUCGUACGUGUCUCCAAUGUUAUAAUUUUGCCAGGUAUUCCCGAAUACUUUGAGUAUGUAGUUAACCAUAUCAACCCCCUUUUAAAUGUUGCUAGCAGACGUACAUUCUACACGCUACACUUAUACCUUAAUCAAGAUGAAAUAUUCGUGAUUUCUGCUUUGAACUCAUCUGUGGAUAGAUUUAAAGGCCUUGUGGUGUUCGGUUCUUAUCCUGUGUUGGGGCACAAGUACUAUGCCACAAGGAUCACUAUUGAGUCAGUGUCAAAGCAAGCUGCUUAUGAUGCUUUCUUGUAUUUAGAAUCCAAAGUCUCUGAAGGGUCAGUUGUGAAGUGGAAUAAUGACCCAAGAAGCAGUGCAGUAGAAGAUGUUUAUAAUAUUGGCAGGUCGUCUUUCAGUGCAAAUCUUUUGCAGAGAGUGGCUGAAUCUACUAAGGUGAUAGAGAACUGUUUGGACCGCUACGACUCGUCGGAGCUGUUUCUCAGCUUCAACGGGGGCAAGGACUGCACAGUGCUGUUGCACCUGGUCAGUGCUGUCUUCCAGAAGAAGCAUGCCCACAGCAAGAGCCAAGCAUUGAGGACCGUGUACAUCCAGUGCAGCGACCCCUUCCCGGAGGUCGAGUCCUUCAUAGCCGAGUCGGCGGAGAGGUACAACUUGGAUGUAAUAUGCAUGUCCAGCCCAAUAAAGGUGGCCUUAGAGAAGCUGCUGCUGAAGAACCCCAACUUGAAGGCUGUGUUGAUGGGGACUCGCAGGACCGACCCAUAUUCUGAGACUCUGAAUCACUUUCAGGGACUUCACUGAGAACACUGACCAGGCCUUUAACCUCGGCGAGCUACAAUCAAGGACAUCUCGCCCGUCGGUGAAAGGUCUGCCCUGGCCAUCUCAUGGUGAAGAUGCCAACUAUUUUACUUAAGUUCAACGGGCAGCGAGCCCUGUAGCGGCCGCCACCACAUCUCUCUCUGUUUUCCUUUUAGCCCGACAGAGCGCAAACCAGUUGGUCCCAUAAGGGCCAGGCUUAUGCUAGUCCCUCUUGCAGGACUUUUGUGAACUAACCCAGAGUCUGUUUCUCCUGUAAUCCGAUAGAACACAGUACGCUACCUCCCAAUGCCCCUUAAGUUAGGCCACCAGCCACCUUUGUAAUUUUUUCUUCUGGUCGUCGGAGCGAUCUCUCGACCGCCACCUCCAGCCAGAGGCCAGUUCCCCCACUUCCUAGGCCUCCGGGCCCCUAGCGUGAGUUUUAACUACAUGCAGCCCAAAGGGAUGAUUGAUUCGUCCUUCUGCCGUCACCGUGAUCGUUUCUUCCUGGUGCUUCUCACCCGUACUGGUAAGUUUUGUGAAUAUUAGACCACAAACCACUUUUUUUUUCAACUCUGUAAUAAGGUUGGGCUCACAGUCUUCUUUACCAGUGCAGAACUGUAAUUUUUGAGCUUACCAAAAGCUUGGCUUGGAUUAUUUUCAGUAUUUCAUUUUGAGUGUGAAACUUUAACUUUAAAAUCUGUGUCCUGUGAAUUUCAGUAAGCAAUUGCUUUUUGCACUGCAAUUAAUAGUUUACUCUUUUUACCAUAAACUAUUCUGAAGAAUUGUAUUUUCACUCACAGAAAUAAUUUUCUUCCCUGUAAUUGUAAAGCAGAUGAUUCUUACAUUCUAUCUCUUCAACAGUAAGAUCUUCAUAUCGCCUAGCUUCCAGAAUUUUCUUGUGUACAAUGCUGUUGCCAUCAGCUAUAACUUUGGCAUACUUGAUAUGUAUAACUACACUCUUUUCGAAUCCUGCUUCUACUAUUAUUUUGGCUUCGAUGCUACUUGAGAGCUACCUUGUUUAAUAGCAGUCAUAUGAAGUGAUACAUAUUCCUAUUUUUCGCCCAAGUGCUAACAUAACAGCAUUUGUUUACAACUGCCAUAAACAAAACAUUUUUAAUGCGAUACUCUACUAUCACAGUUACCCCAUAGAAUGCAUCAUAUUUACAUUUGUUGGAGUGUUUGCAUCAACAGCCAUCUACAACAGAAAUUAGGAGAAUGUUAUUCUCGUCAACUUUACCAAUGGCUCUCGCUAAUUUAUUUUCUUCACAUGCAUCUUACAUUUUUUUCUGAAGCUGCUUUCUUCAUAGCCAUUACAGAAAACAUUGUGGUGUUUCAAAUAUUUGCCUAAAUGCUCAUAACUCCAGCAACAACCUUUGAUUUUACAUCCAUAACUGAAUUAUUCUCUGUAUUAUGCGUAGGAACACCGAUAUUCAUGUCACACAUAUUACAAAAAAUACAAUAUUGUGUGAACAUCUUUUUCAGCUCUUUUUUUUAUACACAUGUUUGCAUCCAAUUGCUUCAUUUUGCUGACUUGUUUCGGUGAGUUUUUGUAAGAUAUACAUGUCAUCGACAAAUCUAACACUAUAAACACUUAUUCAAUUUUCUCUUAUUCAUUUGAAAAUACUCUUUCACCCUGGGAACAGCUACAGUAUUUAUUUACCUGUGUAUGGGUAGCCUAUUUUAUGCCAAUUUUUAGUUCAAAAAAGUGUAGUGCGAUUCUUACGCAAAUUUAUAACUUUGUGUAAAAAAAUUAUAAUUGCUGUGUGUCUUGAGUGUGUCUCUA